UCAAAACAGUCGACAAGAUGAUUACGAUAAGUAAUAUCACAUGAUGGAGAUUUUAGGAUGGAUUCUUUUAUGUUUUAUCAUGUCUGUAGAAACGAAAAAUAUCCCCGUGGUUAUAAAUACUUGGGAAUUUACUGUAGCAACUAAAGCUGCGUGGAAUGCCGUAUAUAACGAAAGUAGAAGCGCUUUAGAUGCGGUGGAAAUUGGAUGCACCGCUUGUGAAGUUGCACAAUGCGAUGGAACUGUUGGAUAUGGAGGAAGUCCCGACGAACGUGGAGAAACCACGCUCGAUGCUAUGAUCAUGGACGGUCCUUCGCACGAUAUCGGAGCCGUCGGAGCUCUGAGGAGAGUUAAAAGCGCAAUAUCUGUGGCUCGUAGGGUGCUAGAGAAUACUCAACAUUCCAUACUCGUGGGUGAUCAAGCUACCGAAUUUGCUAAGCAAAUGGGUUUCAAAGAGGAAGAUCUGUCGACUAAUAAAUCUAGAGACAUGUGGAAGAAGUGGAAACUGUCAAAUUGUCAGCCAAAUUAUUGGAAAAAUGUCGUUCCCGAUCCCAAAAAAUCCUGCGGGCCCUACAGGCCGGCGCGGAUGGACGGACGGUCGGGCGAAACGCCCCGGUACGAGUCGAACUUUAAUUACGGAAAUCACGACACCAUAGGUAUGCUCGUGAUCGAUUCUCAAAACAGAAUGGCCGGAGGGACCUCCACCAACGGUGCAAAGUUCAAAAUUCCCGGAAGGGUGGGGGAUUCGCCCCUGGUGGGUGCCGGACUCUACGUCGAUCAGGAAGUCGGCGGAGCGGCCGCCACGGGAGACGGCGACGUGAUGAUGAGGUUCUUGCCGAGUUAUCGGGCGGUGGAGAACAUGGCGGAAGGAAUGAAUCCCUACGACGCGGCUGCGGAUGCCGUGAAGAGGAUAGGUAAAAAAUAUCCGACGUUUAGCGGAGCGGUAAUUACGGUUAAUAUAAACGGCGAAGUCGGUGCCGCCUGUCACGGGAUGAAAGUGUUUCCUUUUUCGGUGUGCAAUCCGGUUUUGCAAAACGUUACCGUAAAAACCGUUUCUUGCAUAUAAAACGUCGGAAAUAGCCUUUACCCGAGACAUUGCACUAUUUGCUUAUUAUUAUUCAAAUUAAAAAUGUGAUAUUUUUGCAAAACUAAAUGUUGCAGCACCAAAGUAAUUUUAAACACUUUUAAUCCAAUGUAAAAUUUUAAUAUUUUGAGCAGUGGAAAUUUGCAAUUAAAUUACCACUGCAUUAAUUACCUCGACAAUCUUUUUAUAAAUGAAAAAUUUUAAAUUAAAGAUGUAUAAAUUAUGCCAUUUAUCAAAUCAAAGCAUAUUUUAAAAAUUA